AUGUCAAAAAAAAAUCGAGUAAAUGUCAUCGGUGCUGGAGUUGUGGGGUUAUCGACUGGUUUAGUUCUUCAAAAGAAUGGAUAUAAAGUAAAAAUUAUUGCUGAACAUUGGCCUGGUGAUUUAAGUAUUAAUUAUACAAGCCCGUGUGCUGGUGCCUAUUUUAGUUCAAAUUUUCUUUUUGACGAGCGUUGCAAAAAAUUCCAAGACAUUUCAUACAAAACCCUAUGGGAAUUAUCAUAUAUAAAUGAUACCGGUGUCAUACGUAUUCCAAACUUUGAUUUUUACGCAAAAGAUCCUCAUAUUGAUUCCGAAACAUUGCUCAAGGAUAUAUAUUAUAAGUUUCAAGUUUUGCCAAAACACGAACUCCCCAAAAACGUAGAAUAUGGUGUUUCUUUUACAACUGAUGUUCCAAAAUAUUUACGAUGGCUACUGAAUCAAUUCACAAGUGCUGGUGGCGUAACUCAAAAGGCUCACCUUAAUCAUCUCAAUGAUGCAUUUGAACCUGAUGUAAAUUUUGUUAUAAAUUGUACGGGCAUCAAUGCACGAACUUUUUGUGGUGUAGAAGAUGAUAAAGUAUUCCCAACUAGAGGGCAGAUUGUGAUCGUUUGGGCACCACAUAUUAAAUUCGCAAAGUCACUUCACGAAGAGGAAGGUGCAUAUACUUAUAUAAUCCCUCGAAAAAGUGGUGAAGUGAUUCUAGGAGGAACUAUGGAUGUCAACAAUUACGACGGAACACCGGACUCAAAAACUGCAGAAUCGAUCCUUAAUCGCUGCAUUAAACUUUGUCCGGAAUUAUCCGGUGUAAAAAUAUUGAGACAUGUCGUUGGGUUACGUCCAUCAAGAAAAGAUGGAAUUCGACUUGAAACUGAAAUAAGGCAAAAUUCUGUUGGUAAAGACGUUAUGGUUUGUCAUAAUUAUGGUCAUCAUGCUUACGGAUAUAUAACAAGUUGGGGUUCAGCAAUAGAAGCAUUAGAUCUUAUUGAAUCUUCUGUAUCUAACCAAAAGGAAGCUAGAUUAUAA